AAAAUAAUUUAGGUUCUGAUUAGAAUGAGAAGCAAACCUCGAAACCUAUUCUUCUCAUAACGCUCGAGCUUUUCUCUCUCCCUCAAACCCUAUUCUUCCCCAAACCCUCGAGCUUUUCUGUCACCCUCGAACCCUAUUUGAUUUCUCUCUUUUGAACCCUCGCGAUUUCACAUCUCUUUCUCGAGCCCUCUUCGCUAUCGUUGUUCUUCUCUCAAGUCCUCUUCACUGUCGUUGUCCCUCUCUUGAACCCUUGCUUCUUCCCUCUCUCUCGAACUGUCGUUGCAUAAUAACAUAGCAAUCUUGUUGUCCUUCGUUGACAAAGCAAUCACCUUCAUCGUUCGUUUCGAAGCCGUAGUUUGACGCUGAGAGAGAACCUUCAUCCACCUUAGGUUUGUGAUAAUACUCUAGAAGUGGGAAAGAUUCAGAGAGGAGUGAAAAAUCGGAAGAUUGUUCGGUGAGAAAUGCGAAUUAGGUCGCGUGUUCGGUGGAAAAGGAAGAUUCAACGGCUGAAUCAGUGGAUUCGAUGGAGAAGGCUGUAGUUAUUUAUCAAAAAAUAUUCCGGAAUUUAUGUUCUUUCACUUCUCUUCGACAUUUAUGUAAAUGUUUUUGUGCAGGUUCAAGAAGUGUACGAAAUUUCAAGUAUGAAGGAAAGCGUGACCCUAAGAAACAAGAAGAACUUGGAAAUAUGAUAACUAGUUUGGAUGCAGGGGGCUCUAUUGUUGUUGCCUAGUCCUUUUCCCACAUGCUUAACUUGGCCAACUUUGCUGAGGAGGUCCAGAUUUCUCGCCGCCGAAGGAACAAGGUGAAGAAAGGAGUUUUGCAAAUGAGAACAAUGCAACUACAGAAUCAGACAUUGAAGAAACUCUCAAGAAGUCUCCUCAGUAAGUAUGUUUUUGAUGCACUGAAAAACCAGAUUGUUGAUCUGGUUCUUACUGCUCUUUAAAGCACGCAAGGAUAAGGAAUUCUUUGUCUAAAUUGUAUGCCAAAGACAUAACUCCUGAUGAUAAAUUUUGACAGUUGGUACAGAUUCUCUGCUCAAUCGCUUUGACAUGAAUGGCACGAUCCUUUCACAAAUACAGUGUGCUCCUUCGUCAUCUUUUUCUAUUUCCUUACAUCCUGCAGGGGCAGAAAGGGGACCAAUUUUAAGUAGCUUAUUCUAUGCCACUAUUCUUUCUCAUGAUUGCUUAGAGCAAGCAUUAGCUUUUGCUUUGGCCAACCGACUCCAAAAGCCUACUUUUUUGGCUACUCAGCUGAUGGAUAUAUUUUCUACUGUGAUGAAGAUAAAGGUAUCCAACAUUCCAUUCGCUUGGAUAUUCAGCUCCCAGGCUGAUGACUUAGCUCAAACCCAUCCUUCAUUUCUGACAUUGCAGAGUAUGGAUCUUUCCCCAACAAGUUGGACGGUUGUUUCUUGGUACCUAAUUUAUAUUGUCCCAAGCCGAAACAAUGAAAAGGAAUUGGAAGUAUGCUUCCUCACUUACCAUACUCUGCCAUCAUCUUUCGAAGCAAAGCUGCUUCUUGGUAACGUUCUCAAGGAAGGAACUACNAUUUCUAUCAACCCUCUAGUGAUUUGGGCUUGGGCAGGACUCCUUAUCAAUGCCAUCAACAGCAUUCCUGCCGGAGAGCUUGAUGGAGGGCGAAUUUCUUUUGCUCUAUGGGGAAGAAAGGAAUCUUUCUUCAAACAAUUUUCAAGGGUCUAUUCCAAUUGAACUUUCACGGAUCGGAAAUUUGGAUACACUGGAUAUAUCAAAUAAUAAUAUAGUUGGUUCCAUUCCUUCUUCCAUUGGUGAUUUGGAACAUCUUCUGAAAUUGAAUCUGAGCAGAAAUCAUUUAACAGGCUUUAUUC